AUGAUAAUGCAAGUACAUCUUUAUUUAGCAGAAUGGAUAGAAAUGCCCCAAUUUUCUAAUGAAGAAAAAAUAUACAAAAUACCUAUAAAACAAGAUCAUUUUUAUAAAUAUACUCAAAAGGAAAAUCAGUUUCUUUAUACAUAUGAAAAUAUUACUUAUAAAAAUUUAAAAGGAAAACAAACAGCAACUAAUAAAACUGGAGAAUAUGAUUUUUAUAAAUUAAAAAAUAAUAACAAAGAAGAACCUAUAAUUAUAAAAUAUUUUAACAAAAAUGAAACAAUAGAUUCUUUAUUAACUAAAGAAAAAAAAGAAAUGAACAAUCUUUAAAUAAAAUUUUUUGUUGCAAAUGAUAUAGGACUUUUAAAUUAUCUUCCAGUGGAUAUACUUGAAAAUGUUCAUUAUACUUUAAAAUCUCAAUCUGCAUCAAAUGAUGGAAAAAUUCAAUUUUUGAAGACAUUUGAAAAUACAUAUUCUGAAAUAGAAGUUCAACUUGUAGCAAGUACAAUAAUUGCUAGAAAAAAAAGGGGUACUGAUCAGUAUGAUCAUAAUUAUGAUUAUGAACAUGCAGCAGGAUUUCCAUCCAUAGAAGGUGCACUUAUGGCUAUUUCAUUUCUUACAUUUGCUGUGUAUCUUGUUAGAUUAGUUAUGCUUUUAUUUAGAAAUAUAAAUAAUUCUGCAUCGACUACUGGUGCUACUUUACUUCUUGGCAGAAGAAAAAAAUCAGUAGGCAAAUUUGACGACGAUAUAAGAAUGAUUCUUAAAGAUAUACAUAAUUUUUCUUCUAAAUUUAAAAAAAAAUCUAAUAUAUGAAAAUGUAUAUAUUAAUUAGAUCAAUAUUUGUAUCUAAUUAUAUUAAAUAAUAAAAUUUAAAGUAAUUAUUUAUAUCUAAAAUAAUUAUUUAUAUAAUUUCAAAUGUGUUUAAAAAAUAUAUUCAACAUUGUUUUAACUUAUCUUAUUUUUAUAAUUUAGAAGAAACUGAUGGUGAUAAUAUAGGUAAUAAAAUUGCAUUACGAUAUGAACCUAAUGGAUGUUUUAAUGAAAGAUUUUGCAAUUGUGUAAGAAUUUGUAUUAUUUUAAUUUUUUCAACUUGAUAUGUACCUUUUUUUUCAUAUGGUACUAGAAUACCUUGUAUUAUAAAAUU